AUGUAUCAGUUUAAUAAUCAAACAUGUUUACAGCAAGAAAAUAAAACAUUAUUAUAUGAAGAGCCAUCUGAAACAGAUGAUAGUGAUGUUGUUUAUCGAAGAAAUAUUGCCAAUAGUAUUCCAGCAAUUGUGAUGUCCUGUUUGCUGGGUGUACUAAUACCAUUUCUUGGAAAAAAAUUCAUACUUAUCUUACCUAUAAUAGGUUUUAUAAUAGAAAUGAUCAUUGCGUUAGCAAUUAUUUAUUUGAAACUCGAUAUCUAUUGGUGGUAUCUAAGUGCUUUUAUGUUAGGCUUAUUGGGAAAUGUUGGUCUUAUAGACUAUGUUAUUAAUUUAAUUAUUGUUGAUUUAACUACUCCAAGUAAUCGAUCAUUAUGGUUUGUGCGAUUUUAUGCAUUAAAAAGUGUAUUAACAGGCUUAAUUACAUUUCUUAUUUCUAUUUUUGUACGACACCAUGGUUAUGUUGUAUUAUUUUGGUUAGCUUUAGUUUUACUAUUGAUUUCUGUUGGUAUUGUACUUUAUUGUUUUGAUUUAAGUUUGUAUAACUAUACAAACAGAAAUAUGCAUACACGAGUUAUGUUCACUUUUGACAUAUUCAUUAUUUUUUAUGGAGAACGUCGUACUCGUAAACAAAAACUUGCUAUAUUUUUAGUUUUAUUCGCUUAUGCAUUCUAUGCUUUGGCUACAUCUGCAGAAUCAACAUUUAUCUUUGCGCUUGCUAAUUAUCCGAUAUGUUGGUCAGUGUAUAUGAUUGAUCUCUAUCUGCUUGUGAUACAUGUUAGCAUUGGAAUUUUCAGUAUACUUGGUUAUCAUUUAUUUCGUUUGAUUAUAUUCAAUGAUGCAUUAAUUUGUGCAAUUAGUCAUGUUUUCUUUAUAGUAUCCGUUAUCUGGGCAAUAUUUGCACAACAUUAUUGGCAAGUGUUUGCUAAUAGUGUAUUUUAUAGUUUUGCUCAUUAUCAAAAUCCAUUAACUUUAGCAAUUUUAGCUAAAUGUUUGAGACCUGAUGAAGUGAAUAUUGCUUAUAUAUUUAUCAUUAUUAUCAAUCAAUUCAUUACAUCAUUUGGUGAUUUAUUUUUUCGAUGGAUUUAUACAAUGACUAUGAUGAGUCAUAGAAAUAUGGGAUUGUAUUUAAUGGGUGGAUUUUGUAUAAUUCCAUUACUUUCGAAUAUUUGCUUGUAUUGGAUCAAACGACGCCCCACAAAUUCAUCACCAUCAGUAGUGAAUGAAAGAUCAGCGUUAUUGGUUAAUGUUGAUGAUGAUUUAGAUUCUUCUACAGAUGAAAUUCAAAAUUCUGAUCAAUCACAAACUACUGACCAGGAUGUUUCAUCUGUUUCUGUGCCUUUCUUUAGUAUCGGAAAUAUGACUUUUAUUGCUAACAUUGGAUCACGAGGUUCAUCUACAAAUCAAUCAACAUCUAUCGCUAAAAUAUCUCAAAAUGAUGCAAGUGUACAAACUGAUGAUGAUCUAAUCUGUCUCUAA